AUGAAAUUCCUCACCCAUCUUCUUCUUCUAACUGUUCUCUUCGCCAGUCAAGUCUUCGCCCGAGAAAUAAAAAUAUUCAAUAAGUGUCCUUUCACCGUUUGGCCAGGAAUCCUCGGUCCUGGAACUCCAGAAGGUGGAGGAUUCAAAUUGAAUGCUGGAGAAACGAGAAGUAUUUAUGUAGAUGAUGGAUGGAAAUCAGCUAGGAUUUGGCCGAGAACAGAGUGUGAUGGAAAUAUGAAUUGUGCUACAGGAAGUUGUGGACCUCGCGAACAAUGUAACGGAGCUGGCGGUGAGCCACCAGUGAGUCUUGCUGAAUUCACACUUCGCGGAGCAGAUGGGAAAGAUUUCUACGAUGUUUCUCUUGUGGACGGAUAUAAUAUUCCAGUUCUGAUUGAUGUGAUUGGAGGAGAAGGGGAUUGUAAAAGAGCAGGAGGAUGUUUCAAGAAUAUAAAUGAUUUCUGUCCUGGAGAUUUAGCAGUGAAAAGAGAUGGGAGAACUGUUGCAUGUAAAUCUGGAUGCCUUGCUUAUAAUAAUGAUCAAGAAUGUUGUCGUGGAGAAUUUAGAACACCGGAUAAAUGUAAACAAAGUAAAACUGCGAGAAUUUUCAAGGAUGCUUGCCCAACUGCGUACUCUUACGCGUACGAUGAUGGAACCUCAACUUUUACUUGUAAAAAUGCGAAUUAUAUUGUUCAGUUCUGUUAA